AUCAACUUGUUUAACUAGUAACCUCAGCUAACUUGCACGUCUACUUUGUGAAAGCUCAUGUCUCCGAAGUAGUCCGAACAACCUGGCUAGUGACGUGUUAGCAACAGGUUUGCCUCUGACUGACCGACCACACCGCAGUGCGAUUGACCGGGUUUUGGUUGAAGAAAAUAGUUAUCUAGCUCGCUAGGUCCCUGGAGGGGAAUAAGCAUAAACACGACAGGCUCUUCCUACUCCUUACUCGUGUGAUAUGACAUCACUGCAUGGUUACCACAGAAACCAGGGCUCAAUUCAGACGGUUGACAGCCAGUCAGGUGUUUUUCACAGGGAUGGCUGCACAAGUGGAGGUACAGACUGGGGAGGUGGGAAGGACAGGUGUAGGGGGGCGACUGCACCUCAGCCCUCUGGCUGACUCCAGCAACAAGAGCCUAACAGAGGGCCCAUCCAACACCCAGGGCUCCCUCAUCAUCACUCCAGAGUCCAGUAAGCCUGUCCCUGCACCCAAACCACGGCUCACUCCCAAACCUUUCGCUGUGGAGAAAAACCCCACCAUCCGGCCCAUACUUGCUCCUAAGCCUAAUACCAAGCCCCGACCAGAGCCCACUCGCCCUACUUUUUACAAACCUGACCCUCCCAACGGCCCAAAACCUCAGCACCCGAACGUUACCAGCAAACACAGGCCAGUGUCUACCAACCAUAGCCGUCCUGCUCCUACCUCCUACAAACCCUCUCCCAAGUUGAGCACGGGACAAACCACCAAGCCUGUAGCCCAGCCCUUCAAACCCGCCCCUCUAACACUUGGGGACCACAGCAAACCAACUCCUUCCCAACCGAUGGGGCGUCAGAAGCCAGCUGCGGCAGGCUUGUCCCACUCACAAGGCCCUAAGAAACCCCCUUCAGUGGAAUGGUCCGGAUCCACCAAGCAGGAGAAGGAAUGUGGCAAAACAGCAUCCAAUAUCAGAGCUGGAGGAGCCUAUUUGACCAGAGCCAAGUCAAUGGGCUUCCUCCGUCAGAUAGGGCUAGAGGGGGAGGAGAGGAAGAAGGAUGAAGGGCCAGAGGUCACAGUUCAACUCCGAACCCAGUCUACAGGCUCCAGGCCUAGACCUGUGUCGGCUAUCUUCCUACCCUCUCCCACUCAGGCUGAGUCGUCCUCCCCAGCUGAUCGCUGGGUCGGGAGACGGCCCCUUUCAGCCGACCUCACCUCCAAGUUUGAGUCCAUUGGCCUGUCUCUGCACCGUGGCUCUCCUGCCAAGACUGGCAGCAAGGAAAACAGUCCAGAGGAGGGAGCACUGCUACGGAGGAGAGAGGGGGAGACGGGAGCAGAGGGGACCAUUGCUACACCACAGGCCCCAGACAGCAAGCCUUCAGCCCUAGCACAAGGGAGUGAGAAGAAAGAGGAAGAGAAGGAUGAGGGAAAGGGUGUAGGAAGCAUUAAGAGACGGAUCAGUCUCUUGCUCGAUUCCUCUUCUUCCUCUCCUGUGGUUCCUCUCCGUGUUGCUGCCCAAGGACCGGAGUCUUCCUCUCCAGUGCAGCCAGUCCCAGAGGCAGAUGUACCACAGGGUGGUGUUAAACAGCGAAUCAAGAAGCUAACAGAAGAUACUGUUACGCCACCUGCUCAGACCCUGGCUGUUAAACCCCGCCCUCUGCCCCCUGACCUGACCAAAAGGUUUGGCUCUGAGAAGUCCACAGACCUCGGCAGUCCCUCUCCUAGUAAAGCGACAGACCGACAUGAGAGUGACACUGAUCCUCAAGGGAGGGGGCAGGACUCAGUCUUCAUCUUCAGUAACCAAAGGAAGGUGGAUGAACACGCCAGAGAGUCCAAAGAGCAGCCCACCCAGACCUUUUCUGACCCCUCAGCUGGAAGGACUGUGGCACAGCGGGGGCUGGAGAUUGAGGCCCAGGAGAGCCACCCGAGCAGUGGGGUGCAGACUGUGCGAGCAGCCCUGUUUGAGAAUGUGGUGGAGAGACACAGCGUGCUGGUGAUGGAGGAGGACAGAGCGCAGAACAACACAAAGAGCUGUCCCAAGAGAAGUGUCUCUCUCAAACUGGGGGAUGGGGAGAAAGGCGGGAGCCUGGUCACCUCCCCCUAUCGCGAGCCUGUGUCUCCCUCCAGCCCGCUUCGUGUGGAGCACUUGUUUGACACGGUGCAGGCGGUGGGAGAGAGGAGAGCCGUUAGUGAGAGUGUCCCCUCGGCACAGCUGGAGGACAAGGCCAUGACCCUCCGUUCCAGGCAUUCUGAGGGGAACAGGCCAGCUAGGGCUGAGCCAGUGGAGAAGAGAACUGCUCGUGUCCAAGGAAACCUCAGUUCGACUCAGAGGGGAGCACCAGCCUCCCGACAUGAACAGGGACCACGCUACCUCAGGGUUGGAGCUCUGCAGAAGUGGAAUACCUCUGAGGUGGAUAGGGGGGAAGAGGUAGAGAAAGGAAGGCAAAGGGAAAAGGAGAGGGAGAGAAAGGAGGAGGAGAAAGAGAGGCAGAGGGAAGCGGAGAGGAGGAUGCAAAUGGCUGUAGAGAGGGAGAAGCCGACAGAGCAGGACAGGGAGAGAGAGGAAGUGGCAGCACCGAAGCGUUUGAAAAUGCUGGAGGCAGAUGAGCAGCCACCCAAACCCAGGGCCACCUACUUUGCUCUGACUGGUCAGAUUCAGGAAGUCAUAUCCCAUGGGGAUGAGGGAACAGAGAAAGGGGACAUGGAAGUGCCCUUUGAUUUCUCUGUGAUGUCUGGACAAUGGGGUUCUCAAGGGAAGGUAAAAAGGAACCCCUCUCUAGUCAAAACUUUUGGUACAAGCUCCCAAGGUCAAGAACAAGAAGAGGAACUGAUGGAGAGGAAGCAAACACAGGAAAGGAAAAGUGAAACGGCAUGGGACAGAAAGACCGGGAUGGAUGAGAUGGAAAUAGAAAAACAGAAACAAGUUCUUGAGGAAGUAAGAGAAUUGGAGAGGGAGAAAGCACGUCAGAGGGAGAGAAAGGAGUUUGGGAGGGAGAAACAGAGACAGCUGGAAAUUGAGAGACAGAAACAGUUAGAAUAUGCUAGAAAGAGACAGAUGGAGAAGCAGAGAGAGUUAGAAAGGGAGAGACAAAAUGAGUUGGAAAAGGAGACACAGAGAGAGUUGGAAAGACUGUGUGAGCUGGAGAGACCGUGUGAGCUGGAGAGGGAGAGACAGUGUGAGCUGGAGAGGGAGAGACAGUGUGAGCUGGAGAGGGAGAGACAGUGUGAGCUGGAGAGGGAGAGACAGUGUGAGCUGGAGAGGGAGAGACAGUGUGAGCUGGAGAGGGAGAGACAGUGUGAGCUGGAGAGGGAGAGACAGUGUGAGCUGGAGAGGGAGAAAGAGUUUAAAAGGGAGCGGCAGCGACAGUUCGACUUAGAGAGACAGAAGAAGUUGGAGAGACAGAUGGUUGAAGAGUUGGAGGAAAUAAAAGAAAUGGAGACAAGGCAACUGUUUAGGUUUGAAAAGCAGAAGCAGGCUGAGAGAGAGAGACAACAGCUUCUGGAGCUUGAAAAGCAGAUACUGAGAGAGAAGAUGGAGAGAGAGGAGCAGGAGAAGAUGGGACAACAAGCAAUACAACAGGAGGUAGACCGGGAGAGACAGAGGGAGCUGGAGCGGGAGAGACAGAGGGAGCUGGAGCGGGAGAGACAGAGGGAGCUGGAGCGGGAGAGACAGAGGGAGCUGGAGCGGGAGAGACAGAGGGAGCUGGAGCGGGAGAGACAGAUGGAGCUGGAGCGGGAGAGACAGAGGGAGCUGGAGCGGGAGAGACAGAGGGAGCUGGAGCGGGAGAGACAGAGGGAGCUGGAGCGGGAGAGACAGAGGGAGCUGGAGCGGGAGAGACAGAGGGAGCUGGAGCGGGAGAGACAGAGGGAGCUGGAGCGGGAGAGUGUAGAAGAAUUGGAGAUAAUAAAGGAGCUGGAGAGAAGACAACUGCUUGAGAAACAGAAUGAGAGCGCGAGACAACAGCUUCAAAAGCAGAGACUGAGGGAGAAGAUGGAGAAAGAGGAGCAGGAAAAUAUGAGACAGGUAGCUAGACAACAGGAGGCAGAGAGACAGAGAAUCCUGGAGAGACAGAGGAGAGAGAACCAGGAGAGGGGGGUGCUGGACUCCUUACCUCUCAGACCUAAAGUGCUGGAUCUAGACUCUGUGUCUCUGGGUGACCUGCACUCCAGAGGCAGUCCCCACUCCCCUGGUGCCCGAUGGAAGCAUCCAUCUCCCCGGGGAGAGGACCAUUACAGGCCUGGCAUCCUGGACAUAGACUCAUUCAGGUCCCAGACCCAGAUGCAGCCCUCGCCCACUAGAGAAGUGUUCCCUAUUGCUGGCAUCAAGGGCUCAGACCCAGGUAGUGGGGUGAGAUCCCACACUCCAGAGAGGGAAGUUAGCCGUAGGGUGGGUUCAAUGGGGCGACCCAGCCCAGUGUGGGCCCCCACUCAGCAGGAGCUGUGGGAGCAAAGACUAGGAUUCAAUGAGGAAUCGGUGGAUAGGCCCAUGGCUGGACCAGAACCACCCAGGAAGCCUGCCAAUAAACCCAGCCUGGAGCAGCUCCUCCACAGGCAGUUGGACAGGGCAACGGCCCCCAUUCUGGUCCCAGAGAGACGCUGGUCUGGUAUGCCCAGUGAAGCAUCCUUCCCCAGGAGAGAGCCCCACAGCCCUAGGUCCCCCAUGGAGCAGACCUGGUUCCCGCAGGACUCAGGGCCCCAGGGGCACAGGGUAGAGGCCAGAGGACAGAGGAGAUCUCAGGGCUCCCAGGAGCUGAACCGGAUGAGGUCCCGCAGUGUGUCCCGUCGAUCGGCCCCAUCUGAGAGUGCUGUGGAGGGGAGCCUGUCCAGGAUGAGGAGCAGGAGUGCACAUAGAGAGAGGGACCGACAGAGCUGGGAGCAGUUGAAGCAUGGUGAGGAAGAGGGGCGUGACAUCGACACACUGGUCCACGAGGCAGACAGCCAGUAUGGGACCUGGGAGACGGGACUGCGCACUGACGAUAGCCUGACUCCUGCCACGCCCACCUCAGACGGCAACCUCAGCCAGUCACCUAGGAAACCCAUUCCGCCCCACACACCAGGGGAACAUGCCACACACAGCGACCUGGACACUCCAGAUGGCUUCUCCCCCUCGGUCCAGCCCGAGAUGCAACUACUCCCCUUCCCUGAGGUCUCCACCAUCCUGCUGGACUCCAGUGCUCUGCGCUCCAGGGUGCAGCUGAGUAAGAUGCGGGGGCCACGUUCGCGCCCCUCCAGGGUGGCUCGUCAGACUGCUGCUAUGUCUGUACACCCUGAGGGACAGACCUCGCCCACUGAGGACUGGCGCUCCAGAGACUCAACAGAGUACAACAUUGAGUUUUCCAAGCAGGAGGACUCAGACUCUGAGGAGCAGGAGAGGGGAGUAGACCCCCGCUCUGCUGCUGCCUCCUCCCAGCCCCAGAGAGUCGCCCUCUUUCCUGGGAUGGACCCCUCCGCUCUCAAGGCCCAGCUCAAGAAGAGAGGAGACUCUGACAAUCAGACAGACGGAGCCGCCCCAUCUCCAUCUCAGCAGUCACGAUCUCCUAAAUCCCCCUUCCUGCCCCGGGUGUCCCGUGUACUGCCCCCCUCUGGAGGGAAAGAAAAUGGGGAGGAGGCCUCACCACAGUGGCUGAGAGAACUGAAGUCUAAGAAGCGCUCGAGUCAGUAUGAAAAUGACAGCUAAGUGUGAAUGAGCAGGUUGCCUUAACUGAAUAAUCUGGUGGAGAAUUGGAGACAGAAGCCUUAACCUUUGACCCUGAGAAGAUGGAAACUCUGCUGCUGACAUUGUAAUUUGUCAUCGGUUUGUUAAUUUUAUCUGUUCUCUUCCUGCCCGGGUCGCAUACAUGUGCAUGGUGCCUUUUUGCAGACAACCUCGGUCUUAUGGAUGAAACGACCCAGGUUAAAUAUCUGGCUGCUCGGCUCCGUUUGUCCAUUUCCUUUGCAUAGAGCCACUUUACCCUCUCACCUGACGGGAGAAUACGGAAGGGGGGAAACCCUUUUUCUCCUGUCAGGUUGCAUUUCAGGACUGGUUAAACUUGUGGGACCACACGCCUCUUAACCUGGAAGUGCUUCAAUAAGCUGGAGGACAGUCUAGUACCUCCACAAGAUAUACAUGUAUUUUUUUUUUUAAAUGUUUUUUUCAGGUUCGUCUACACGUAACAUUUCUAUGUGUAUCUAUCAGUCAUGGGGUGUUGGUAAUAGUCAACAUAGGAUAACAUUUCUGAUUUUAUUUUUUGUCAUUGAUCAUAAAGAACAAAACACUGCUGAACUCAUGUUUGGCCAGGCUGUAUAUUAUGUGUUGGUAAUAAAUAUGGUAUCUAAUCAUGAAAUAUUAUAUUUUGUAUUGUUGCUAAUUUGACAGAUGAAUCAUAACAUGUCCGAGUGUUUAGUUUUGUACGGAGAGCAUUGCAAGUAUCACUACAGCAGAGGCUCCCAAGCCCAUUCCCCUGAUGAACUGACUUGGAAUCUGUUGUGUUGACCUAAUGCAGCUCCUAACUGAUGUGUGAAGAAAAAUGCUGUGUGUUCAAUGUCUUUUCAAUCAUAAUGUCUGAAUAUCUGUUUCUACUAGUGUUUGUAUUUCUUAAGGAUCCCCAUUAGCUGCUGCCAAGGCAGUUAUAUACAGUUAAAUAAUAACACUUUUCACCACACAUUGUGUUCCUUCAGGCCACUACUCUACUGACCCAUAUCUACAAUACAACAUCCGUGUGUGUGUAGAGUGCAUGAGGGGUGGAAAAGGGGAAGAGAAGGGUUAAUCACGUUGGAGGACUCAAUUAUACUCCUACACACACACACACACACACACACACACAAAUCAGCCUGUUCUUCCUCCCUUUACCUUCACUUACCUCUUCAGUGUAAGAUCAAAUAAUUGUGUGUAAUAGUGAUGGAUGAGUGUGUAAGGAGAAUGUGAUGGAUGAGUGUGUAAGGAUUGCAAGGGAAAUGGUCUAACUGUAUGUGUUACCAAUGAGCCAUACAUUCAAUGUGCACUCCCUGCGCUCUGUUUUAUCAGGAUGUCUGCAACAUCUCUCAUUUAGAGAGAGACUUUACCCACCUUAUUUUAUCACUACAUCACCGUUGACAACAUGUAUGUUCAUGUAGAAUCUCAGCUUCUUUUCCAUCACUCUUUGCUCAGACACUGAAUGGACACACCCAGUAGCAGUGGUACAAUCAUACAGUCUGAUAUCAUGGAUUCAUCCACACAACUGUUAUGGUCCUGUUGUGCACAUGGUCAGUGGAUGUAGAGUGGAAUGGUAGGAGUAUGGCUUCCACUACUCCAGUGGGGAAUGUGAGUCAAGUAUUUGGUUUUGAGAUGAGGGUGGGUGGGUGGUUAUUUUCCCCUAUUCUGCUGCACAUUACUAUUUGCAACAGUUUUAGAGCGCAGAGCUGACUUAGGCCAUGCCCCUGACCAUGUUAGCCAUGCCCCUGACCAUGUUAGCCAUGCCCCUGACCAUGUUAGCCAUGCCCCUGACCAUGUUAGCCAUGCUGCACUGUCCCACUACUUCCAUUAAGCACUUUGUCAGUUAAUGCACUACAGCACUGACCUGUGCACUGGCUAUUCUGUUGUACGUCCCACCUACCACAUGUUCAUAGACCGAUGUUGGAAUGCUAAUGGAAUGAAAGUGGAUGUGUUGAUUGGAUCUUUGGAGUUGUUGUCCCUAUGGUGUCCAUGGCGUUUGACUUUCCCAUGACUUUUGUCAGUUUGAGGAUUUCUUAUUUUCUCUCAUUUUUAUUUUUAAAAAUAAAAUAUAUUACAUUAUUUUAAUGCCAGUGUCCAAAAUUGUAACUUCUUAAUAAAAUGUACUGAGUUGAGCUUCUCA